AUGCGUGAAUGGAAGGAUCUGCCUUUUGAAGUGCUGGCUACUAUUUUUGGUGAUCUGGAAGAUCUAUCUGAUGUAAUUGAAUGUCAGCACACAUGCAAAAAGUGGAUUUUAGCAGCCCAAGAAAGAUUAUAUAGGCGGGUUCUCAUCUUGGAUGUAAACAAAAUCGAAUUCUUUACCGAUACAAUAGUAGCAACAGAUGCCGGACGAUUUGUAAAAGCAAUCAAACUAUUCGUAUUCAAGGAGUAUAGAUUGCAGUCUAUGAUGAUAGGAAUAUUGGCUACACACUGUCCCAAUAUUGAAUCAAUCACAGGCAUACAUAUCAAGAAUGUCUGGAAAGACAUUGCUAAAUAUCAUGAUUGGGGAUAUUUCAAACGUCUUAAGGAGAUUAAGUUUACGUUGGAUGCGUCCGAAUAUCACGAUUAUAUGGAAACCAUGAUACACCUCCGAAAAAACAUGACCAAACUUGUGUUAAAAAACACGAUCUCCAAUGUUGAUCUUCGAACUGAAUACAAGAUUUUGUUACAAAAUUUACACGAAUUUCCGAAAUUGUCCGUAUUAGUUGCUGAGAUCCAAACGACAGCGAAUAUAUUUGCACUAGAAUCAAUCGGUAGCUGCAGUACCACAUUGAAAGAAGUGAAAUUUACAGCCAUCCCUCCAACAAAGAAAGUGAAACCUAAUCCAGUACUGGACCGUGAUCUGAAGCUUGUGAUUCCUCGACCUUCGCUUAAAAUUCUUAGUGUCGAAGGCGUGUACUUGAAACCCAAUAUUAUAGAAUAUCUUAUGUACAAGUUUCCUCAACUCGAUAGCUUAAACUUCAAUGAGUUUGAUGACUCAUUCAGUAGCGGUGGUACCUUAUUUGAGCUACCAAUGAUCGGCAGGGGGGUUACGAUGCAUAAAUUUUUUAUUUAUCUUUCCCGAAUGAAGAGCUUCACAGUUCGUGGAAAAUUAGAAGAGGAAGAACUGAUAAAGAUGAUUGACAUAUACAGAUUCGGACUUUUAAAGGAAGACACAAUUACAGUACAUUUCUGUUCUGAAAGAACUAUAGAUGAUCAUUUUUUACCGUGCAUAGAGUUGAAAAGAGAGUCAUCCAAGGAAAAUCAGCCUCAGCUAAUUAGAAUCACAAAACCAAAUCAUCUACCCACAUAUACUGUCUUAAAAGUAAGACAAGGUAGGCACGACGCAAUGCGCUUGACACCACAAGAGAUGUUUGUCUUGAAAUCCGGGGCCAUGAUCAAGGAGCUCAAAAUGGAAGCAAAAGUAGCACCAUUCAUUAUCAAAGAUAUUUUGAGUUGCUGCAUUUCUCUCAAGGCUCUUACCAUUGCAAAUAUGAAUCUUUCUUAUCGUCAAAUGUCAUAUUUGUUUCCUGGAGAUCUCCAGAAUUCAACAAUAGAGGUCUUGACUUUAGACAAUUGUGAUUGGGCUAUGAAAAACGCUUUUUGUAACUGGUUAGCCCAUGCCCUUCCGUCCCUACAAUAUCUCGAAUUUAAUCAUUGCAUGUGGAUGGUAUAUGCUUCUGAUGUUCUUGGACAUCACGAAAUAAAUAUGCCUGGUAUUCGCUUUGAGCAGGUUAAAAUCAACAAGAGCUGCGAUAUAGUACCAGACGAUGUAUCUCAUGCAUUUCUCCAGAUCAAUGACGAUCAGUUUUAUCUAUUAGGGUGCGAUAACGUGUGUCGCCCAUAUGCUAAAGAAGAAUAUCAAGCUUUAUGUGAAGAAAAAACUUACGAACGAUUUCAUAUUAUCUGUGAAUCUUUGAAGACGUUUAUUUUGCUGUAUCCUAAAGGAAAAAUGAAGUUUGUAAAUGAGAUUCAAUAA